AUGCAGACAUAUGAGGACAAUGAACCCAUUGUUCGAAUACGCGAUUACAAGCAGGAUCGAGUGAAUUUUAUGCUUGAGAAUGUCGACCUUGCGUUCGCAAAUUCUUUUCGACGCGUAGUACAGGCAGACAUACCAACCGUCGCCGUCGACAUGGUCGAGGUAGAAGCAAAUACAACAGUGUUACCCGAUGAAUUCAUAGCCCAUCGUAUUGGAAUGGUCCCGUUGGUGAGCGCAAACUGCGAUGAAGGCAUAAGAUACACUCGAGACUGCCUGUGUCUGUCUGGUUGUCAGUAUUGCUCAAUAGAGCUAAGAUUGGACGUCUCGUGUAAUGAUAAUCGCACAAUGGACGUCACUAGCAAUCAUCUUGAGGUCAUACCGCCCACCUAUACUGAUGGCGAAAAUCCUGGCGACGAGCUUACGAAGAGGGGAGAAGAUUUUGGGCAACCGGUUGGGAAAAACAAGGCGGAUGUACCACCAGUCCUCAUUUGCAAAAUACGGAAGGGCCAAGAGCUUAAAUUACGAUGUGUUGCCAAGAAGGGUAUAGCAAAGGAGCACGCGAAGUGGUCGCCAUGCUCAGCUGUUGCAUUUGAGUACGAUCCCUACAAUAAAUUGCGACACACGACAUAUUGGCACGAGGGAGAUCCACGGACCGAGUGGCCCGUCGGUGAAAAUGCCAAGGAAGAAGAGGCACCAAGAGAUGACGAAGUUUUUGACUUCAACGCGAAGCCACAGAAAUUUUAUUUUGAGGUUGAGACGGACGGGAGCCUUGGGCCCCAGGAAGUGAUUAUGAAGGGUCUUGCAGAGCUGCAGACAAAACUUGCAAAUCUAAUACUCGGAUUGAAGGAAGGAGUGGAGCUGCCGACUGGCGGAGACACGGCACAGGCUGGGGUGAACGGUCAUGUUUCCACUGCAGGUGGUUGGGUGCCACAAUCAGGCGGUGGCGGAUGGGGUCAGAAUUCCGCCUCUGGGGCCGGGUAUGCAAGUCCCGCUGGUGGUGGCGGCUGGAGCAAUAAUAGUGGCGGUGGCUGGAGCACUAGUCCAGCACAAAACACUGGGGGGAAUACCAGUGCAUGGGCAACAAGUCCUACCCAAAACGCGGGAGGAGCUCCCGGUGCCAGCUGGGGGACGAGUCCAGCUCAAGCCUGGGGAGCUUCAAGUCCGAAUGCAGCAGGAUCCGGCAGCGGUUGGGGGUCAUCUGCUCAACAGGGCUGGGGUAGUCCUGCCCAACAAGCCAGUGGAUGGAACCUAUGA